UACGAUUUGGAUAAAGAUUUGAAGGGUUCCAUAUUCGUGAGAACACUUUGGAAAAGUAUGCAGUCAAGUUAUUGCUAUAUCAUGGUGCUACAACUGUAAAUCGUAGUUUCUACCUCAUGCCAGAGUGUCGUACAUGAACAAUUAAGAUUCGUAACGCAACAAUGGCCAGCUUAGAUUUCUUUUCAAGUACUCAAAUUCGAACCAUCCUCUCAUAUAUACAGUGGAUCUUCAUCAUAUAAAUUCUCAAGGAACCAUGUAAAAACCCUCAAAUUCAUUAGUGCUCUCCUUCUUGCUAUGCUCACUGCAUUGUUGUGAGGAAAUCCAUCCAAAUACAAUAGCUCAGGAAGACUCGUUUGGAACAUGGCGUCUCCACACCAAAAGGCCAUCAUUAAUGGCGUGACAAUGCGUGAAUCAAAGAGUGCAGGUGCAAAAACCAAGUGCUCAAAGAUCGUCCUCAACCCAAGGGCCCUAGACAUAGUUUGGGGCGGAAAUAAUCGUUACUGGGAUUAUGUGAAGGAUCAGCAAAGCGAAUGUGCCAUGCUCAAGAGUGUGUGUUGGCUCGAAGUGAGUGGGAGAGUCGAUCUCGACAAGCUCAUCCCUAGUACCGAUUAUCAGAUAAAAUUUUCUGUGCGACUCAAUGAGAAUGCGUCAGGUUGGGACAAGGAUGUCAUAUUCAAGGCCAGGGUUGGCUACAAUGUAGCCCGAACAACCCGCUGCAAAUUGAUUAAGAACAAGCAAUUCUAUGAGGUGCCCAAUGAGCUAACUUUCAAAACUCCAAAGAAAAGUUCAGGUGGGAGGCUCUCUUUCGGGAUGUACGAGAUCGAGGGCCAAGCAUGGAAGUCAGGGCUCCUUAUCGAGAAAAUCACAAUCAGUCAAGUUAACCCUGCAUAAGCUGCACAGGGCCAACAAGGUUCAUGGCUUCUUUAUUUGUACUGGUUAAAGUUCAAGUGAGUUUCAGUUCAGUUUCCUUUUUUUCUUUUUCUUUCACCAAGUAGUGAGUUUCAGUCUUGAAAGUUAGUAUGGACCUUUUUUUUUUUUUGGAUUGUGUAUUGAGACCCUUAAAUGGAUGGUGUAUUGAGACCCUUAACCAAUAAUGUAAUGGAGGAUUGUGUAUUGAGACCCUUACCCAAUAAUGUAUUGAGACCCUUAACCAAUAA